AUGGUGCCGUGCCGCUGGCAAUCCACCGGAGAUGGGCAUGGGUACAUGACAGACGACACCUCCGGGCUCCAGUCAGAGCUUUCGCACGCGCUGGAAGGAGAGGUGAACUUGUCCAUGGAUGGGAUGCUCUCCCAGUCUCUCGUCAAGGCAGACCUGCAGACACCGAGUGCGCGCAUUCAGCUCAAGAAGAUCGAGCGGCCACCAGGCCGAUUUGACCUGCUCACCAAUUCGCUAGUGUACUGCUGGCAGACAACAGCGGCGCAGGCGCGCAAGGUCACUGGACCGAUGCGGGAGUGGGCCUCGGAGCUGAAGUACCGUACUGGCGUCCACCUAGAGGUUGAGCUCACCAACCCGAUGCGGCUUAGCGUGCCGGUAGCGGAGGGUGGCUACGCGGCGGCGGACGAUGUGGAGCUGACGGUAUACCUCUUCGGCAGUGAGCGUGGUAUCUUCAACUGCCGGCAGCUCAUGGAGACGGCGCUCGAUCAGGACCCUGCCUACGUGCGUUUGGCCGUGUUCCGGCGGAAGCCAGGCAAAGAUGGCGUCACCGAGAGGGCUGCGACGCCGAGGUCAAAUGAAGACGUGGAGUGGCUGCUGCUGCGCCGUAUCAAUCGAGAUCUGCGCCCGCCAGACAUCCCGCCCAUCUCACUAAAGAUGCCGGGGAAGUGGACGCUGUUAUACGAGCAUUACAAGGAGGCUGCCAUUCGCACGCUAUGGGAAGAGACAGGCAUCACUGUCGAGGUCGGGAACGUGUACCCUACCGCGGUACUGUGCCAGGACAACCCGACCUUCUACUGGCGUGUGCCGGUGCAUUACUUCCUGGCUGAGGUGCCUUACAACGUGCAGGUGCUUGGCCCUCAAGUGGGCCUGAAUACGUACAUGCACCACUGGGACUCGUCGCUGCUGCGACAGUCACCAGACCCGAUCGAUCGCGCGUGGGCUCAGCUGGCAGACCCGGAGACCGGCUGCGCGUGGAUGAAAGGGGUGAUGAUUGAUGAACUACAGCGCCCGCUGCGAGGAGGGGACUACAUGGCAACCCGCUACACCCCGCCGCCGUACUCGCAGCUGAACCAUGUUCUUGGGUUUUCGCUGCCAGCAGAGGCGGCGGGAGAGGCAAAGGAGGCGGAUUCGACUCCGUCCUCUGCUACCAUCGCUGAAGAAGGACAUCCGCAACACGAUGCGAAGGCAGAUGCUGCUGCUGUUCCCCCUGCUGAUGCCAAUAAAUCUUCGUUGAAUGACAAGCCAAACUCGUAG